AUGGAGACUAAAAAAGAGAAACAAAUUGAAAUUCAAGACUAUCUUAGUGUUCAGAACGAUAGUGAUUUCACAAACCAGUUUAUUCGAUAACUUUAGAGAAAUGUUGAAAUAACUCAGCUUUGCGGCUUCACAAGACUAGAAGGGUAGUCAUCAAAAGAGUUCGUUAUUCAUGUCUCAAAAGAGCAUGAUUUCAGAUUCAAAUCAGAGCAGCAAGAUAAAAUUUUCAGUGUGCUUUAGAGGUUAUUUCACAAUCUUAAACUUUAAAAUCUUCCUUUGUAUGAAGUGAGUGCCAAAGAUCUAAGAGAUUAUACUACGACAGAUAAAGAUGUAGAGCGAGGCAUCACUAAGCUACCUCUUUUUUACUCACGAGUAUAUAAGUAUGACAUCAAGGAGGAGCUUACUUAAAAAUUUCAAGAACUUUAGUUUGAGUUAGAUCCCAGAGAAAAUAGUAACUCUACUUCAUAGGGAGGAGAAGAGUUCAAAAACCCUUCACCCUUGCCACUUAAAGUUAAUGAACCCUUAGAUGAUUAUAAUAAGCAUUUGCAAAGAAGAUCGAAAGGAGGGAUAAAGUAAUUGCUGAUUAGUAAUUGUCUGAUUUUGAAAUAAUUAGUAUCAUUGGAAAAGGAACCUUCGGAAAAAGGAGGAGAACUAUUUAAGCAUUUGUCAGAAGCAAAGAGAUUUUCAGAAUAUCAGGCAAAGUUUUACACUGCCUAAAUUGCUCUUGGAUUGGGUUAUCUGCAUUCAAAGAAUAUUAUUUAUCGUGAUUUGAAACUUGAAAAUGUACUGAUGCAUACUGAUGGAUAUAUAUUGCUGGCUGAUUUCGGACUAGCAAAGAGGAAAAGAGAUAAUGAAGAAGAUCCCAAUUCCUUCUGUGGAACACCAGAGUAUUUAUGUAAUUUCUAGUUUUAGUUAAUAAUAAUAGCACCUGAAAUGAUACUAGGUACCGGUCAUGAUCACACUCUAGAUUGGUGGGCUCUUGGCAUUUUAUUAUAUGAGAUGAUUGUAGGAAUCCCUCCAUUCUAUAAUAAGAACCAGCAUCACAUGUUUUACUUGAUUACUAACUCUUAGGUCAAAUGGCCAGAACAAGAUAGACAUGGAGUUGAGGUUUCAUACACUGCAAAGGAUCUUAUUCUGAGACUGCUUGAAAAAGAUAAGAAGUAAAGAUUAGGGGAAAAGGAAGAUUAUAAGGAUAUUAUUAAGCAUCCCUUCUUUUCAGAUAUUGAUUUCAAUAAACUAUAGAAGAAAGAGUUAAAGGCACCAUUCAUUCCAAAAGUUAAUUUUUCAAAAGAUUUAAGAAAUUUCGAUGAAAGCUUGACUGCCUAAGAAACAAGAGAAUCUGUACCAUCUGAUGAAGUCAUUCAAAGGAUAAUGGAAAAGAAAGAUGUAUUUGAAAAUUUCGGAUUUUCACUUGAAGGCGAUUAACAAAAGAGUAAUAGGCUUUCUGAUCUUUGA